CCCGAGAAGGGAGAAAAAGCCAUUCUUGCUAAAAAAACAGGAAAAAUAAUUAGCAUUGAGGAAGAUGCAGUUAGGCAAAAAGAUCAAGCUGGAAAAGAGAUAAUUUAUUCACUAAGUAAAAAAAACGUUAGGGUUAACCAAGGAGAUAUGGUAAAAAAAGGCAAUAAAAUUACUAGAGGAAGCAUAAACUUAGAAGAAUAUCUCGAAAUCACGGGAAGAGACAUUUGCCAAAAUUAUAUUAAAGAAGAAAUAAGAAACGUCUAUAGUAAUCAAGGAAUUCGAUCAUUUUCUCGCGCGGAGUUAUUUUUACUAAUUUAUUAA